ACGGAAAAGACGAAACAUAAGACAUUAAAAAAGCCCGGAGCCGAGGAAAGAACAGGGAGUCCUUUUAAAACCAACCCCCUUUUCUUGUCUCUUCUUCAAAGCAACUGGGACGUUUCAUUAUUUUCUGAUCCACGGUUUCUUUGCCCUUUCCCCCAGCUGUUGGCAGCUGGCAGGAAGAACGCGCCCUGCUUGAAAAACAAAACGAGAGCGGUCAGAAGAGAGCAAGAGAGAGAAAGAGACAGAGAGAGAGAGACUGAGAGAGAGGGAGAGAGAGAGAUGCCACCACAAGCAACUCCCCAGCCCGAGGUGAGGAAGAACAUUGUGGGCUUCCUCAAGAGUUUUCUGGGCAUCAUCCGGAUCCUCCAGAUCAUCUUCGGGGCCGGGCUGUGGGUCACCAUCGCCGCGAACAAAUACGAGGGCUCGAUCCACUUUGUCCUGUUCGUGGCUGUGCUCUUCUGGCUGCUGACCCUCGCCCUUUUCUUCCUCACUCUCCUGAACAAGCAGGACCUUGUUCCCAUCCUCGGCGGAGACCACUGGUUGCUGAGUAACCUGUUGCACGACGUUGCAGCCGCCGUGCUCUACUUGCCUGCGAUUGGAGUGAUGAUUCACAAGACUGAUCAAUACUCCUACUGCAACCUUCCCGAGUACAAGUACCCCUGCGUCUACAAGGUCUAUUUCACGGCCGCCGUGUUCGCGUGCCUGUGCGCCGUGGUGUACCUGCUUUCGGCUAUCUUUAACGGUUGCAGAAAGUGUCGCGGUGAAAAAACAGUUUUUUGAGGAUUUGUGACGUCGUAAAAGUAGCAGGGAGUGGGUUUGAAGGGUUCAUGGGGAGGGGGUCUUCUCUUGUGGUCCAAGCAAACGUGGAGAGAUUGUUCUUUUGGUCAAGUCCACCCCUCAGGCCUUAUUGAGUUUUUGUAUUAUCGUAUAAUUGAAGGUAAAUCUUAUCUUGACUUAUUUUUUGCAAAUGAAAGUAGGCUAUAUAUAUUUUUUACAUUAUGUUUUGUAUUUUUUCUCCAUGAUUUUUUAUGAUAAGCGGUGCUCCGCAACUCAAGUGCAGUUGAAAACCUUUUAAAAAGCUUUAACAGUAUUUUCACUCCUGGUGAAAAUGUGCCUUUCUGUCAAUGGGCAGCCUGCUUAACCACAGCAACAACUUUCAGACAACAAGCAAAUGUACGAGUGUUAUUGGUGGUGCUUCUAUUGCAAUACAUUUGAUGUAUGAGUGUAAUAGCUCCAAAUCCAUGUCUACAAAUAAAUAAGUCAGUGUGGAUCCAUGAGAGGAUUAUUUCAUGUCAUUAGGCCAUAAAAACAUUUUCCAUUAUCUGUAAAACAACUGAAAUAUUCACACAAGAGUAGUUCAACAAGGUGCUAAACACAAUACUCUUCUCAGGGUAUGCGUCUGUAAAAGUCUGUCUGAUGUUUUAUGUCUCAUCAUUGUGUUGAUUACUUCUGUAAAUUAUGCACAGAUCUAGUUAGGAGAGACAAAAUAAGGGCCCCGGAGAACCUUGUUUAAGAGAGAAAAGCUACGAGGAUUCUGUAGGAACCAUUUAAGUGUAACACGACCACAGAUGGGCCUUAUAAAGCUCACUGGAGGCUUCUCGAUGUAAUCUCUCACUGUAAUCAAGGAUGAAAGAGGAACU